CACACACGCCACUUACCAGCAGCACCUCUCUCUUCCUUCUCCCCCACCUCCUCCUUUCUCUCUCACCCUUAAGAGUGAGCGAGAGAUCUCUCGAACCUGAACGAGGCGCUGCCGGAGACACCAGAGAGGCGAUACCCCCGUAAAGCGCAACAUGGCUACAAUUGUAACCUCCACCAGGUUUACAGACGAAAACCAGCUGUACGAAGAGCUCGGAAAGGGUGCCUUUUCUGUUGUUCGGCGAUGUGUAAAGAAAUCAACCGGCCAGGAAUAUGCUGCUAAGAUCAUCAACACAAAAAAGCUGUCAGCACGAGAUCAUCAGAAGCUAGAAAGAGAGGCCAGGAUCUGCCGCCUGCUUAAACAUCCCAACAUAGUGCGUCUCCAUGACAGUAUCGCAGAAGAAGGCUUUCAUUACCUGGUCUUUGACCUCGUGACUGGUGGAGAAUUGUUUGAAGACAUCGUCGCAAGAGAAUAUUACAGUGAAGCAGAUGCAAGUCAUUGCAUCAAUCAGAUCCUGGAAAGCGUCAGCCACAUCCACCAGCAUGACAUUGUGCACAGGGACCUCAAGCCAGAGAACCUGCUGUUGGCCAGUAAGAUGAAGGGGGCGGCAGUGAAGUUGGCUGAUUUUGGCCUUGCCAUCGAGGUGCAGGGAGAUCAGCAGGCCUGGUUCGGUUUUGCAGGCACCCCUGGAUACCUCUCCCCUGAAGUCCUAAGAAAGGACCCCUAUGGAAAACCAGUGGAUAUCUGGGCUUGUGGUGUGAUCUUGUAUAUCCUGCUGGUGGGUUACCCUCCUUUCUGGGACGAGGACCAGCACAAACUGUAUCAACAGAUCAAGGCUGGAGCCUAUGACUUUCCCUCUCCAGAGUGGGACACUGUUACCGCAGAGGCCAAAAACCUCAUCAACCAGAUGUUGACUAUCAACCCAGCGAAGAGGAUCACGGCUGAGCAAGCGCUCAAACAUCCGUGGGUCUGCCAACGCUCCACUGUCGCCUCCAUGAUGCAUCGUCAAGAAACCGUUGAGUGUCUGCGCAAGUUCAACGCCCGCAGAAAGCUAAAGGGGGCGAUUUUGACUACCAUGCUGGUGUCCAGGAACUUCUCAGUGGGUCGGCAGCACACCAGCCCCGCCGCCCCCACCACCAGCACAGCUGCACUGGCACAAGAAGCAUGCAAAAGUUUACUGAACAAGAAGUCUGAUGGCGUGAAGCCACAGACAAACAACAACAAAAACAGUGUAGUAAGCAGCAGCACCAAAGACAGCAGCAUAUCAUCCACUGCACCAAUGGAACCACAGACCACUGUCGUGCACAAUCCAGCCGAUGGCAUCAAGGGGUCUACAGAGAGCUGUAACACCACAGAAGAGGAGGACAUGAAAGGUAGGAAAGUAUCAGUGGGUGGGGCUAGCAAUGACAGUGCAGUGGUGAGCCAGUGCAGUGCCUCGGAGGAGCCAGCUCCUCAACCCGAGGCCUCUCCCCCCUGCCCACCGUCCACUGAUCCACCACAUGAUGUUAAGAAUGUUGCUUGGAGCAGUUCAGGUCAGAGCUCCUGUCCUGAUUUAGAGCCUGCUGUACCUGCUCCAGCCUCCACAACACCAGGGGGCAGCAGCGUGCACAGGCAGCAGUCACGAAAGCAGGAGAUCAUUAAAAUCACGGAGCAGCUGAUUGAGGCCAUCAACAAUGGAGAUUUUGAAGCUUACACGAGGAUCUGUGACCCUGGCCUGACCUCUUUUGAGCCCGAGGCACUUGGAAACCUGGUUGAGGGAAUGGACUUCCAUAAGUUCUACUUUGAGAAUUUGCUGAGUAAGAACAGUAAGCCUGUGCAUACAACCAUCCUGAACCCUCACGUGCACCUGAUUGGAGAGGAUGCUGCUUGCAUCGCCUAUAUCCGACUGACGCAGUACAUGGACAGCCAGGGCCGGCCUCGCAGCAGCCAGUCGGAGGAGACGCGUGUGUGGCACCGCCGAGAGGCCAAGUGGCUCAACAUCCACUUCCACUGCUCUGGAGCGCCUGCUGCACCUCUACAGUGAACCAAACAGGGCAAAGCAUGCCUGAAUACUAGAGCUGAUUGGAGCAUUUCUUCUCCGUGCACGUCUUGCCGCCUGGAGCCCGGCCAGAAGAGAACCUCUUGAAGUUUUGAAAACGUGAGG